UUCCCGCCCAUUCCAAUCUCGAGAUAGGGCCACAGACCCUUGAGGUUUACUACUAUUCUCUUCCAUUCACUCCUACCAGUCUUUCUCAAAGCCUCUGGAUCACUUUGGAACUCUUUAUUAGCUUGACUCCCUCUGAGCCGCCAGCGUGAUCAGUCUCGUACCUUGUUUCGAUCCCGAUUACAAACACCGCUUUGCCUCCUAUACUUCAAGACUCACCCGGAGAUAUCUCCCAUUCUCUUCACACGCAGCAACCUCAUUGCUGAGGAUUACUCCCGCCAAAAUGUCUCUUCCGAAGAGAAUCAUCAAGGAGACAGAGCGCCUGAUGGCCGAACCAGUCCCAGGCAUAAGCGCCGUACCGCAUGACGACAACCUGAGAUACUUCAACGUCACCAUCGACGGCCCAUCACAAUCCCCUUACGAAGGAGGCACUUUCAAACUGGAGCUUUUCCUCCCCGAAGACUACCCCAUGACACCGCCGAAGGUCCGAUUCCUCACGAAAAUCUACCACCCCAACAUCGACCGGCUGGGGAGGAUCUGCUUGGACGUGCUGAAAGCCAACUGGUCGCCCGCCCUUCAGAUUCGAACCAUCCUGCUCUCAAUACAAGCCCUACUAGGUGCUCCGAAUCCCGAUGACCCGUUGGCCAACGAUGUUGCCCAGCGCUGGAAGGAGGACCAGAAUGCCGCGAUCGACACGGCUAAAGAGUGGACGGCAAAGUACGCCACAGCUUAGCGAGUCAGGUGCUUUCACGUCGAAGGAAGCUAUGGAAUGCAUAUGAGUACGUCCGUUCAGACCGCUCGGAUUUCUUGAAAGCGAACGGAUGUAACGGUUUGCUGACGCGGACGUAUGGCCAAGUCCGGUCAGGUGACGAUGAGGGGAGAGCAUUAGGUUGGGCCAUCGUGUUAAUUACUUGGGACAUUAAGCUGGUUUAUGAUUGACGGGCUCACCACUCGAUGACUAAAUGCCAUUUUUUUGAGCAAUGCUUUUGCAUACGGCAUGCAUGACGCGUGUGACAGCUUAUACAUUAUGACUGGACAUGACAACAGAUAAACAGAUGCGUAGGGACCGUCUUCAUCCUCCUGUUCUUUCUCAACGAUAUUCCUAUGCUACCCUGGAAAU